AUGAGAAAGGCUGGAAUACAACAAAACUUCAAAAACGAUUCAGUAAAUGCUUCGUUAUGUACAUUGGUCGUACAUGAUUUUCAUAUCAGUUUGCACAUCGAGGAUUUAAACAAAUACAUGAUGGAGUCCAUCUGA